AGAUAGGCACUGACUGGCGGCUGUGACACAUGUGUUUAAACCUUGUGUAUACUAUACUUUGAUACAUUAUCACAGACACCGGGACAUGAACACACAAACUUAAAAUAUUUAUGUAGACUCGGCGACAGUUACAUAAAUGGGCUUACAGUGAAGAAGACUGUAUUCUGAGGAAGCAUGUUGUACUGAACUCGCUGACAAAAUUUCGGGGAUUUUAAACACUGAAACGGACUUAAACGAUGGAUGUGGUACGAUUUCUGAGUUUGGAUUUAAUUUUUAUGUGUGUUUUGUUCACGUGCGUGGCCCCGGGGGUAGAGGGGAAGGAUGUCGCUUAUUCUUUAUUGGAAGAAGAACAAGCUAACUUCUAUCUCGGAAAUGUUGCUGAUGAUGCUGACCUAGUCUCCGAAGCUGCGAAUCCUGCGGACCUCAAUUCCAUGAAGUAUAGUUUCCUAACACAAGGUAAUACAAUGGUUUCACUGUUUCAUAUUAAUGAGAGACAGAGUUCUUUGUAUACCGCCACGAAACUAGACAGAGAACAGUUAUGUGAAUUCAAGGAGGAAUGUAUAUUGGAGUUAGAGGUGAUUGCAAGAUCUACAUCUGGGAGUUUAUACAAGAAAAUCAAAGUUUCUAUAACCCUUUUGGAUAUUAACGACAAUUCUCCAUCCUUUUCUGUGCCUUCUAUAACACGUGACAUUUCGGAGGGGUCCCUCACGGGGUUUUACAUCCCCAUAGAGGCCGCUAAGGAUGCUGAUACUGGUAACUAUUCAAUUCAGGAUUACACUUUAGAACCCCCAACUUCCCCCUUCACUGUCGGGUACCAGGAAUUCGUUGACGGAAGCUACAGUGUCCGAAUUGUCUUGAACGGAAAGCUAGACAGAGAAACCACAAGCUCAUAUAAAGUGAACGUUAUAGCAAGGGACGGAGGCGAACCCCCUAAGACAGGGGCUCUGGAGGUAGCCAUUGAUGUUUUGGACAUUAAUGAUAAUCGUCCAAGGUUCAGUACCCAGAUGUACAACGUCACUGUCAACGAAGAUGUCGCUGUUAACACGACUAUCACUACGGUUUUCGCUGAUGACCCCGACCAAGAUGGGAAUGGAAGAGUAACCUACAAACUAAGUCCAAACCAGGCCGAGAAGAUUCCUACACUAUUUGCUAUGAACGAGUCUACUGGUGAUGUCAUCAUUAUCGGGUCUCUCAUUUACGAACCAGGCAAGAGUUAUACUAUAAUCGUAGAGGCGUCAGACAAUGCAAUGCAGCCUUUGUUAUCACAGGCAAAGGUGUUCAUCCAUGUCUUGGAUGUACACAACAACCCGCCUGAGAUCAGUAUAGACCCUCUUUCCAAUACGGAAGACUCCGAGAUCCUGGAGAACGCGCUACUCAAUACGGCUGUGGCACAUAUUACCAUCUUUGACCCCGACACCGGUAUGAAUGGCAUUGUGAACUGCUCUGUCAUUAACAGUGAUAAGUUCACACUGCAAAAGUUCGCGGUUCACGAGUACAAAGUGGUGCUGUACCAGCCUCUGAACCGCGAGAUCAAGGACAGAUACGAGGUGACAGUUCACUGCCACGAUACUGGAACACCACAGCUUAAUGCUUCCUCCAUGUUUAUUGUUCACGUGAUGGAUAUCAACGACAAUACACCCAAGUUUACACAACAGCAGUACUUCAUCAGCGUCCAAGAGAAUAAAUCUCUGACCUCUAGUGUGAUGCAGGUAGCUGCCAAUGACUUCGACAACGGUAAGAAUGCAGAAAUAGAGUUUUCUUUAGAUUCCGAGGGACAGAAAUAUUUCAGCAUUGGAGAAACGUCUGGAGUUAUAUCUGUAAAUUCUGCUUUGGACCGAGAAACUGUAACUCAGAUUACGUUCACUGUUUUUGCGGCGGACAAAGGCUCACCAAGUCUGACCGGAAGUGCCCAGGUGAAGAUGUAUAUUACAGAUGUUAACGACAAUAAGCCUGAAUUUAUUGAAAGUGCAUUUGAAUACAACUUGGAGGAAAACAACCACGUGAAUGUCAGUAUUGGCGUAUUGGUGGCGAAUGAUAAAGAUGAUGGUAACAAUAGCCAGGUAACAUACUUCCUCCAUCCUAACUAUCACGCGGGAAUUCCCUUCUCUAUCUUGCCAAACGGAAGUGUCAUAGCAACCCAGGUUAUUGAUCGUGAAGCGAAAGCGAGGUACGACUUCACCGUCAUCGCUGAAGACUUGGGAACUCCGUCCCUGCGAAACUCCGCGCACGUGACGGUGUUCGUUUUGGAUGUCAAUGAUAAUAAUCCUGAGUUUGUUUUCCCUAACGCUCACAAUAACACAGUGGUCAUCUCGUAUCAAACACCGGUCAAUACUAUAGUGUCCACUGUCGAAACGAGGGAUAUUGACGAUGGAAUGAACUCAAAGGUGACUUAUUUUAUGAAGGAUAAAAAUUUCUCUCAUAUUUUUAAAUUGAAUAAUCUUUCGGGACGUAUUGUAUUGGAUAAGGUUUUGACAGUUUCUGAUGCGAAGAAAUACACAUUCGGAAUCAUUGCCCAGGACAAGGGAACCCCUCCCAGGAUUAACGAGAUUGCCAUGUCCAUCGUUGUCACUACCCAGGGAUUAGGUGGUGACGUCACACCACCGGAAGAGAAUCGUCAGUAUUUCCUUAUCGCUGUAGCUAUUUCCUGUGUAACUGCUGUCAUCGCUAUUGUCAUCAUACUGACCAUCUGCCUUAUUAAACGAGCUGAUAGAAUAAAGCAAAAAUAUUCCGAGUCGAAAGAUCAUUCGGAUGGACCUCGAGGGAGACAGGAAACGAGAAAGAAAGUCAGCUUCAGUAACAAUGAUCGAGUCAUGACGACUAUGCCCGGGGGUCGGUCCAGCGUUUCCGAGAGUCACCUGUAUCCUGAACUACCCACGGGGUCUAUCCAGGUGUCCUUGAAGAGUCCGGACCGUGGUCACGAGAGCGAUAGUGGACAGGGAAGUCUGGACAGUGGCGAUCGGCGACAUCACCAGCUCACGAGCCUCCAGCUCCGCAACGCUCUACUGACCUCGCCCAGCGGCUCCAAGAAUCGGUCAACCGUGUCACAUAUGUCGCCUCCCUUGUCAGGACUCAUUACUCACCAGGAGGCGGAUAACCAUAGCGACCUGUCUGGCGAGGCAAACACAAGCGAUAGUGGGCGUGGCGGUAGUGAGGAUGAAAUCAAUACCAGCUGCAUCCUUUCAUAUUCGGGAGACUUCGAUCACUUAGCCCACAGUCCUAGAGGAAAACGCACACCCAGAAGCUGUUCAAAAAAUGCGGGCAUGCGUGAAGAUCUAUUUCCGCUUCCGGAACAUGAUUAUGGACAAUUAAAUCAUAUGAAGCCAACGCUAGCUCCGUUAUCAUUCGGGGAUAGAUUUUUUAAUUAUGAGAGUAAUCAGGAUGGACUUUCUCCCAUAAAAUUUGGAGGUGUGUCUCCAACCGGAAAUUCAUUUAUACUCAGUGGAAACGACGACAGUACAACGACUUCCGGAAGUUACGUGUUGGAUCACGAGGACGAAUAUGUUGAUGUCGUGAGACCAAGCAGACAAUGCAUUGUAUAACAUCAGGUCCAAGGACCAAAACUGGUGGGUUUCGGGUAUAUUUCCUGUCUCCCAUAACGAUGUCCCAUCGUGUCAUUAGAUUGCCGUCCAAACCACGCCUGCCAAAGUGCCAAGACAUCACCGUCUAUCCUAACGCCAAGUCGACUGCGGGGUCUGUUUCAAGAUAGAAUGCAGAGGAAAUGAAGGAAAAGGAACAAGAUCAAAUAUGAAUUAAAUGUUUGAGGUAUUUGUUCUCCUUUACAUCACUGUGAGAAUCAAACCCCGAAUACGACAACAAGAGAAUAUCAAACUCGACAUUGGCAGAGGAAUGACGUCUGUCUUUUACCAAUACAAGAAAAUCCUGAUUACUUUUAUUCCUGGUGCUUGAAUCACGAAGUAGAACAUUAACUGUUUCAAUGCAUAAUUUCCGAAACGAUGGGACAAUACUUCGUCUUGAUGGUGCUAACAGACUUUUACGCAUUCUUAUGGAUAAUACAGUCCCUAGUUGUGUCUUAUUGCAGUAUUAAAUGUGUUCAAGACUACAAGUGAUAAACAUUUACCCAAUUUGUGCCAAACAUAUUUUGUGAGUGCUAUGCUAUAUUAUUGACAAACUCACAGUUGAUCUCGUUUUUGUGUGGUUGUGCUGGAUUUCAAAGGACAUAUUUUCAAUAUUGUUUACACGAACAAGUCAUAAUUAACUUUUUUCAUAUCAAAAAUGUGUUUCAGGUCUAAAACCAUUUUGAAAUAAUCUACAGGAAGAUAUGGAACCUAAAUCGAUCGCGAACCUUCUGCAAUAGGUUUUAAGAAAUAUUUGUGAAAUAAUAUAGAAAAGUGUACCACGACGUCAAAACUAAAGACAAAGGCUACAGCAAACGAAUCGAUAUAAAAUGCCGUAAACUUACAUAUUUUAGUGGUUAUCUUCUUUCCGCACUGGAAGCUUUUAGCAUUGCGCUAAAUUACGAUUAAGCUGGCUACAGAUUCUACAUUCUAUUUCUAUAGCAAAUGAUAUUCGUGCGCUAAGAUUAGAACGUUUACAGUAGGUUCAACAAGUAUACAUAUUAAGACUAUAGGUAUUAUUUAAGCUUAUAGUUUUGGGCAAUAAUCUUUCAUUUGAACCACAUCAAAGUCGCUUCCAGGAGAUGAUAAUUGUAAGUUAUAUAGGCACUUCAGUCGUUGCUGUUUCAUUUCGCAUUAUCUUAAUUUUUCUGAUGUGCUGACGCUGUGGUAUUUAAUAUUGAAAACAUUUUACUGGUUCAUUCUUCUUAAUAUUACUGAACAUUAAAAUGGCAAAAUCAUUCAAAGUAAAUAGUUGUUAAGCUUAUUGACAUUUGCUUACAUAAUUGAUCUUGGCAUGAUCAGUAUGGUACAGUGUGUUAAAACGAUUAGUUGUUGCAUGAAGCUUUACUUAACAAAGAUACACACUUUUCGAAUCUGAUUUGAAAUUAUGUCAAUAACGAUUUCUUCACAAACAAAGAUGUCCGAUCUUCCAACGUUAGAUGUGAGAAUAAGUGUGCCUAUGCGAGAAAGUCGUUAUAUUGUGUGAGAAUGAAUUAUAUUUUUCUAAAUGAAAUU